AUCCACGAUGCUUUGGCUGUUUAGUACCCGCGGUAGAAACUUCAGCAGCAGCAUCAAACAUUGCUGUUGUGUGGGAGCAAGCUAGCGACGACAAAACUACGACAGCAAGCAACCAUGACAGACACAUCAGCUGAUAUUGCCGAAGCGCGAGCACGGAUGAUCGCGAAGCGAUUUGGUGGAGCUUCGACGUCGACGGGUGGAAAGGGUUCCGUUCGUCGUAAGAAAAAGGUCGCUUCUCGAAGUGCUGCCGCUCAAUCAGACGCCAAGCUCAGUACCACACUCAAGAAGCUCGGGGCAACCAACAUUCCUGGGAUCGAAGAGGUGAAUCUCUUCAAAGAAGAUGGCAAAGUCAUCCACUUUGUCAACCCCAAAGUCCAAGCUUCCAUUGCAGCCAACACCUAUAUUAUCUCGGGUCCAUCCGAGACCAAGCCGCUACAAGAGUUGUUGCCAUCCAUAGUCUCCCAACUGGGCAUGGAUAACCUCUCGCAGCUUCAGAACAUGGCUGCACAGGCUGGAGCACAAGGAGCCGCAACCAUCCCCGAGGGGGAGGAAGAUGAUGACGACGAUGAUGUCCCCGACCUUGUCGAAGGAAACUUUGAGGAAGUCUCCGAAACCUAAAAAAGUGGUAGUUCCGUAGUAGAACAUGAUUUGUGGUUUGGUUGGCUGGCUGGUAGGAAUGGAUCAGAGAAAAAUACGAUGAUAGUUCAAGAAGAAACAUGCAGCAAUCAAAACAACCAUAUCAAUCCAAUCCAAUGCGACGACAUGCCUCUUGUGCAGCUAGCUUGUGUGCUUGCAAACAAUAGACUGAAGUGAAUAGUCAGCCUUGUUUUUCAGUAACGAAUACAUAACAACGAAAAAUCUAAACACUACCUGACAGUUC